ACUAAAAUAUCAGAAAAUAGAUUAUGCUCGAUUAUGCUUUCAUACUUCAUAGUUUUGGAAACGCCUUACAAGUCGUUACCAUGAGUGCUGAUGGUUUAUCGAUCAAUCGCUGCUCUCCUUUAGGAACGCCCUGGCCGUCAGUCGUCAACAAAAUCACAAAGACCACAGACAUUUUCAGUUAACCAUGGAAGAAAUCUGCUUGCUUAAAGUUGCACUUGAAGUCAUUUUCGAUCAAACUAUAGAUAAACUUAUUUUACACGAAACGAUUCGGGAUGGAAAUUCCAAUAGUGACUUUUCCAGAUGGAGUUGUAUUAUUGAAAAGACUUUAAAGGAUGCCCUGAGUGAGCCUACAGGAAAUCCAAAACUGUCCCUCUCCGUACACACUGCAGAGAUGGAAUUGCUGAAAGAAAUGGAAAUUUCCGAGAAGCAGAAGCAAGAACACAUUUGCUCGAAAAUCGAAUAUGAGAAAAAAGUUCUAGAUAACCAUAAAACAAAGCUCUUUACUACGAGCAAAGUUUUAAACGGAAAUAUAUGUAAACUGAAGGAUGGAUUAGAUAGACGAGCCGAAUCUACCUCUAAAAGCUUCGUGCACUGCGAAAACCAGGAAGAAAAUUUUGUCAAAUCAUUCAAUGAGAAGUUUCGCCUAGAACAGGAAGAAUGGGGGAAUAAAAUUACUGCGUUAGAAAGGGAUAUUGAACAGGAAAACUACCGAAAUACUGAAGAAAAAAUGAAACUUUGCAGUGAAAUUGACAAGCUUACGUUGUCUGCAUCAACAAUGCAGAUUUAUUGGGAAACGUUUUCCAAAGCGUUAACGCAAGAAAGAGAUGAAAUACUGCGAAUGCACGAAGCUAUUAGAUCACAAGUAAACAUUAUUUCGGAUAAGCUCAUCAAAAGGCAAACUUUGGUAAAUCAAGACCGGCAGGAAAAACAACGAGCAGAGGAGGAGAACCUAGCAUUCGCGAAACUUUCAAUGGUUGUAAUCAAAAUUCAGUCAUGGUGGAGAGGUAUUCUUGCUCGCAGGGACUAUGCUAGAUACAGGAUCGCCUGCAAAAAAAAACCAAGACAGCUGGCACAGAAACUUGAUACUCAGCAAAAAAAAGUCGUUCACUUGAAAGCGAUUUGAAACGUAUGCAUUAUCUAGAUGGAUUUCGUUAGUCUUCUGACUAUUUUUUUUUUUUUUUUGCAUAUGGAAUCAUAGAGGGGUUGGAUAAAGUCAAUCGCUCGAGUGCAUGAAAUAUAAGGGCUUAUUUAAAAUUCAAAAUCUUGAGUUUGGCCGCCUGAUUACAGCCGGUAAGGGCCGAUUGCUAAUCCCUAGCGAGCCCUAUGUGCUAUGUGUUAUAAGAAUACAAAUUAAAUCGGAAGAGGCUUCAAA